GGGGGUUGCCUCUUGCCCUAUGACAGCUGGAGCUCCCCUACAAUCCUGAGUUGGAUUUAGUAGAAAAAAGGAUGGAUAUAGACAUUUGCAGGGAGACAUAUAUUUAAAGAAGUAUUGCUAAUGUUCAGAAUGAUGACCUAACCCUAACCUCAACUGACAAAAUUUAAAUUCAUUCAGAUUUUAAUUCAUUUUAGGUACAUUGCUAAUCCAUUAUCCUAAUUGUGUUGUGCUUUCAGUGAAACGAUAAAAUCACCUAGUUCUUACCAGGCACGAUGAGGACCUCCGUACUUUUCAUACCAAUGUGUUACAGGACAUUCUGUCAUGAAGUAGUGCCCUUUGGUCAAAGAACUAAGAGCCUACUUAAAUAAUGGGUCUUCGGAGACAUAUUUGAAUGGAUGCAUGACGUUCUGAUAGAUCGAUGUCUGAUUGAAAGAUGAUUACAUUCAUCCAACUGGAAAGACCAGUCAGUCAGCGACACACUUACAGGGUUAUAAGAUGCUGAUCUGGCCUCGAAACCCAUCUAUCAUUCAGGUGUAGGUCUUGACAGAACUCUGUGCUCACGCCACUAAACCACAUCAAGGUAAGAAAGAUCGCCAAGAGACACUUUCAGACAAUACUAACACACUAAAAGCAUUCAGCUUGGGCUUUGGACAUCUCCAUGUUACAUGGGGAAGUGUUGAUCUGUCAGCAACAUGAGGUUUUGUGAAACUUUGUGAAACAGAUUUCCACAUACUAUCUUAUACUUUGAGCUGAGUGUGAAAUAUCUUUCCUGGUAUUUCCUGGUAUAUAGGGUAAAUGCCUCUGAUCAGUGUUUUAGUUUUUUUGUGUGUCUUUACUAGAAACUGGAUUCAAACACUAACCCUAAGAUUAAGGUUUGAAACAACAGCUGGUUUUCAUAUUGAGGACCACACUCAGGCUUUUAUCAGAUGUCUGAGAAAUACGGACCUACACCAUGCAGGACAGACGUAUCUUAAACCGCGUAGCUAUGUAAAGACCAAAGAUCAAGUCUUAUGAUGGGUUUGAUCUGCUCCUCAUUAAAUAACCAUAAUGAUACUGUUAGUAGGUUUGUUGAUUAAUCUGUAUAAGAAAUUAUUAUUCGAUCAUUCGCAUGAAUUAUUCUAAUGUACUUACCAAAUCCUGUUGUGCGCAUUUUGGGCUAUUUUACAGCCGUUUUGACCGUCUUAUCUGUUCUGAAAAUAAAAAAGGUAACCAUAUAAUUAAUGGUAUAAUAUAGUUUGAAUAAUUCUAUAAUUCUUUGGUUUCACUCAGAAGCCCAAACCAUGUCUUCAAAAACCAAUGUAGCUCAACCCCGACCGUUUGUCGCAACAACUCUAUCCAACGAGUGGACGUCUGGCAUCUGUGAUUGCUUCCAAGACCCACUUCACUGCUUGUUUGCUACUGCGUGCUUUCCUUGCUUUGCCUGUAUGACGGCUCGCGAAGCUGGGGAGUGCCUAUGUUUACCUCUGCUUGAUGCUUUUGGAUGCAUCCCUCCCAUGACUACAGCUAUCAGGGUGUCCAUUCGUCAGCGAUAUGGCAUUGAGGGAACAAUCUUCAAUGACGUUUUGCAUGCUUUCUUCUGCGGGCCCUGCAGCUGGUGUCAGAUAUCAAGAGAGAUGAAAAACAGGAAGAAUCCCAUCACCAUUACCAGCACCACUGCCUAAUAAGAACUAAACGUUCUCUCCCUUGACAUCACUUUUGAAAAGGACGUCACUGCCAUCAUCAGGGACUUUUUUUUAUCAUCAAUGUUUUCACGCUUAAAGAAUUAAGAAAAGGGCUUUAUCAUUCAAAUCUCUGAGACGUUGCAGGCAUGUCUGCUGGAGGGAAACGUCAAUAAGCAGCAAAUA